AAGCAGCAUUUAGCAGAUUAAAAAUUCUGCCGGCAGUCGAGUUUGCGAGGUGAGGUGCCUCGUCUUUUUUAGUAAACGAUUUUAUAGGACAUGUGACUAAAUUACCCGCUCACAUGGCCGCUGUGUUUGCAUGAUCCGCUUUAGUUUUUAAAGUCCAGUGCUCGAGCUCGCUCUGCAACAACCAUCCGGAGCCGAAGACCACUAAAACGCACGACCUAACCGGACAAGCCAUGGCGAGCAGUGGACAAAAAGUAGUUCUGAUCACCGGUUGCUCCUCCGGCAUCGGAUUACGAAUCGCCGUCCUGCUGGCCAAAGAUGAAAAGAAGCGUUACCAUGUCAUUGCCACCAUGCGGGACCUGAAGAAGAAGGAUAAGCUGGUGGAGGCAGCAGGUGAUGCGUAUGGGAAGACCCUCAUGCUGCUGCCUCUGGACGUGUGCAGUGAUGAGUCAGUCAAGCAGUGCAUCAACAGUGUCAAGGACCGCCAUAUUGAUAUCCUCAUCAACAAUGCAGGUGUGGGCUUGUUGGGACCCGUGGAAAGCAUCAGUAUCGAGGACAUGAAGAGGGUGUUUGAGACCAACUUCUUUGGCGUGGUGAGGAUGAUUAAAGAGGUCAUGCCUGACAUGAAGAAGAGGCGGGCGGGACACAUCGUGGUCAUGAGCAGUGUUAUGGGUCUACAGGGUGUGGUGUUCAACGAUGUCUACACUGCCUCCAAGUUCGCCAUGGAGGGCUUCUGUGAGAGUAUGGCUGUCCAACUGCUCAAGUUUAACGUCCAUUUGUCUAUGAUUGAGCCAGGGCCGGUGCACACGGAGUUUGAGACGAAGAUGAUGGAGGACGUGGCCAAGAUGGAGUACCCAGGAGCUGAUGCAGACACAGUGCGCUACUUUAAAGAUGUUUACCUGCCCUCCUCCAAGGAUAUCUUUGAGGCCAUGGGCCAGACCCCAGAGGACAUCGCCAAGUGUACUAAGAAGGUGAUCGAGUCAAGGAACCCUCGCUUCAGGAACCUGACCAACAGCCUGUACACGCCCAUCGUGGCCAUGAAGUAUGCCGACGAGACAGGAGGCCUGUCGGUCAACACCUUCUACAACCUGCUGUUCAACUUCGGCCCCCUCAUGCACAUCACCAUGAGCAUCCUUAAGUGCUUGACCUGCAGCUGCCUGCGCCGACGCACCAUCUCACCGAACUGAGAGAGACCGGUCUUGGUAUGAAAUGUAACCCUAUUCCCCAUAUUAUGCAUUACCAGGGUGAAAAGUAGUGCAUUGUAUAGGGAUAGGGUGCCAUUUUGGACAUACCCUGUGAGAAAUAUACAGUGGUGUAGCUCAUUGACACCCAAACCUGGACCACCUGGGGGAAGGAGGGGGCAUGUAGUUCUCGGCGAGAGAGGCCGUGAGAGAGCCAGGAUAAGCUUUGGCCAGGCAACACGCACAAUUGCACAAACACAGACAGUACAGUGUGACCUCAUGCAUGGGGCUAGAAGUUUUUUCUGGUCAGAUCAUGUGAUCGGGAAAAACUCCUGGCCCUCCUCAUACAUACACAUGAUUACACACAAACAACUUACCCACAAACACAGCCAGGCAUCUCCUCCGUCCUGGUCUUUUGAGGUACUGUUGGGGCAAUGACACUGUCUGUCCAUCUGUCCGUCCGUCCGUCCGUCCGUCCGUCCGUCCGUCUGUCUGUCCGUCUGUCCGUCUCUGUCCGUCUGUCUGUCUGUCCGUCUCUGUCUGUCCGUCUCUGUCUGUCCGUCUGUCUGUCUCCGUCUGUCCGUCUGUCUGUCUGAAAAACAAAGCACACAUAACCAGUUACAAAGAAUAACAAAAAACAACAGCAUUGCAAUCACAGUGAAAGCGUAACGUAGCACCCAAUGAACUUAAGACUCAGACCUUGCUAAACUCUUAGUACAAUGCAGUAUUUAGCUCUGAGUUACGAAGAAUCUACUAGAUUCCUUCAUUGUAUAUUUAAUUUGAUGUAUGUCUUUAUAGUAGUAUUGUUGUUUUGCUGUUUAAUCAUAUUAUUUCUGCAUCUUUUUACAAGCUGAAUGUGUGGUUUUUAAAAGUGUAUGAAUUGAUAGAUUGUUAAUAUCUUAUUUUUGAAAGUAAUUAAUUGAUUUAGAAAUAAACUUCUUGGUUUACUCUGAAA